UUUUUUCCGACGAACUAUACAACUGCGAAUUCUGAAGUGUGCUCUUCCGCUUUCAAUUGCACUUGCAUGGUUGCAUCACACUUCUCUGUUGUUGUUUAUCAGAAAACCGUUGAGCGCACAAGCUGCUACUGCUGGUUGAUCUACUCAGUAAUCGCCUACGAUUUGUAAGGUCAUCAGAAAGUCCAGUUUCGAUCUCUAUAUAACCCUAGGUCUUCAGUUUCUCGCGUUCGCGGCGGAAGGAGUGUUUCGGCUUAAAGAGAGAGCUAUAUGGCGGGGUUCUUAUCAGUCCUCAGACGCCUCUACUUUACUGCCUACAACUGGGCUGUCUGCGUUGGAUGGUGCCAAGUUCUGUAUUUUGCUUUGAAGACUUUGAGGGAGUCUGGCCAUGAACGUGUCCAUGAUGCAGUUGAAAGGCCUCUUCAGCUCGCUCAAACGGCGGCAAUUUUGGAGAUUUUUCAUGGUCUCAUAGGGUUGGUGAGAUCUCCAAUUACGGCAACAUUGCCGCAGAUUGGUUCAAGGUUGUAUUUGACUUGGGGUAUCUUAUAUAGUUUUCCCGAGACUCGGACUCAUAUGCUUGUUAGCUCUCUGGUCAUCAGCUGGUCGGUCACGGAGAUUAUUCGAUAUUCUUUCUUCGGCAUGAAGGAAGCAUUCGGUUAUGCACCAUCCUGGCUCUUGUGGCUCAGGUACAGCACCUUUUUGGUAUUGUAUCCAACUGGCAUUUCCAGUGAAGUUGGUCUAAUAUAUAUUGCUCUGCCAUACAUCAAGGCAUCUGAGAAAUAUUGCAUAAGAAUGCCAAACAAAUGGAAUUUCUCUUUUGAUUACUUCUAUGCUGCCAUCAUUGCCCUUGGAAUCUAUGUCCCAGGCAGCCCACACAUGUACCGGCAUAUGCUUGGGCAGAGGAAGAAAGCUCUCUCCAAGUCUAAGAGAGAAUAGAAUGAAAUCUAGUAGUACUUUUUUUUUUUUUUUCCUUUUCCUUUUUCUAGUUAUUGUUGUUCUUGUAAUCUUCUCCCCCAUCUAAAGGAUAUAAGGUUUCAAAAAUUAUUUACCUAUCUGAGUUCAUUAUGAGCAUCAGAUGCUCCAACAUCUAGCCCUCUCUUUCUGGGUUAGAUUGACA